AUAUCAAAAUAAGAUCGACCGUAAAGUCGACAUCAUAACAUAAAUUAUUUGCGAUUAAUAAUUAUAUAUAGCUUUGCUAACGUGCAAGUAUGCAUCGUUGCAACUUAAAGUAUUAGUUGGCAAUUCUAACGCGUAUUGCUUAGAUGCGAGAGAGAGAGAGAGAGAUAUAUUUAACCAAUCGUAGGCUAAAACAAUAACAAAACCUAAUUGGUGACUAACAGGCGAAAGCUGAAGUCCAAAGACAAUCGAAACAAGAGGCUGGACGAGCUGUUGUAAGUUAUGACCGAAUCGGAUGUAACUCUCAAAAAUGCUGGGACAGCGGUGGAGGUAGCUGGCGCCGCUGGAGCAGUUGGCACUCGCCUUAUGCCGCCCGAAGAGCUGGCCAUGCAAUCGCUUACCAAACAGCUAUACAAAUCAAAGUUCUUUCGUGGCAUUUACCUGGAGCGCUGCUUUGUCGAACAGCUUGGAGGCUAUCGUGAUGUGGUUGUCCUGCAGCGCAGCGAAAGAGAGCUGGAGAAGCUACUGCUGAGUAGCGCAAGCAAAUUGCAAUUGUUCUAUCAACGCUUCGUGCCCAACAUGUGGGUGGGCAUCACUAAGGGCAGCGUGGGCAACUACAAGCACAAACCACACGCGACACAGUUGGACACCUGCGUGUGGACGGAACUACGAGAUAUGGCCUUUGGAGAAUACUGGUUCAGCAUUAAGACACUACGCUUCCGGGAUCGUGAGGUGCAGCUUAAACUGAAAAUGGUUCGUGCCGUUGAGGCAGAGCCAUUGUCAACGCCCCGACACUCGUUAACCAUCAAAAAAGUUAGCCCGAGCAGAGCGAUAACCUCUAGCGACAGAGACGCUGCAGAGAUUGUCACCGAGGAGCAGCAACAUUUACCGCAAAUUGGACUUGAGGACUUUUUGGCUGUGUUGCAGCAGUGGCGUCAGUCCGUUGUAACGACCACAUAUGAGUUUAUGGCCAACGAUGUGAACAAGCGCAAUAUAAUGGGCACCAUUCGUUUCCUCGGACUGCUCAUCUUUUCCAUAUUGAGCGGCGCUGUUGUUGCCCUCCGUUUCAUGGGCAUCUUUGCGGUGCGUUUCCUUUUUGAGGUCAGCCGCUUCACACACACUGCGACACCAAUAGUAUUCAAAUUGAUAGAGUUUGUGAAUAGGAUUGUUGGAGCGUUCUUCAUUCUGCUCACGAUGAUUUGGAAGGAUUUGGUGGUUAAUCGCGGUCGCAACGACGGUGGUCGUUCGAUGCCCAGAGAGCAACUGGAAGCCAACAAUCGUUUCAAGAGCAUCACGUACGAGAGAUCACAUCCUCAUCGGCGCAGUCCGCGCUACGAAUCAUCAAAUUAUCGGUAAUCCCAAAUGGAUUUGAAUUCCAUUCACGUCAAAAUUGUUUGGUGUUUAUUGUCUGCACUGCAUAGCAUUUAGUCACUCACUUGGGCUUUUGGGGUUUGGGGGCUUUGUUUUCUUUCAGAUUGUGUUACUAGCGUUAAAUCCCUCAGAUUUCAGAUUUCGUUGAUGUUUGUGCUGCAAACAUUUUAACAAGAGAUUUUUAAUUUUUUAGGAAUUGCAAAUUUUGGCCAGAUCUUUAGAUAUUGUUGUCAUUUUAACAAUCUCAUGCUCAUUAAUUUAUAAUAUUAAUACAAUGUGUAUUGUUUGCUAAAUUGAUUAUUUCAAAUGUAUAGUCUAGUAGAAUAAUAACCAAUUUUCUGUGAAUAAAAAUGUUAGAAUGAAAAGAAAAAAAA